AUGGUUACCGCAUUUCACCAUAAAGGGGAUCUGGAUAGUGCGAAAGAGUUGUUUGAUAAGAUGCCUGAGAGAAAUCCGGUUUCUUGGGGUGCUCUGAUGGCGGCUUACGCAGUGCACAACCGGCUUGAAGAAGUGAAGCGUUUGUUUGAUGCGAUGGAGAAAUCAAACGUUUACGUCUACACUGUGAUGAUCACUGCGUAUGCCAAAGCAGGGGAAAUUGCAAAUGCGGAGAGGAUGUUUGCUCUCAUGCCUGAGAAGGACGUAAUCGCUCAAACUACAAUGCUGCAAGCGUUUGCUCACAAUGGUCUUGUUGAGAAGCUCGAAAGGAUCAAACCAAACGAGAUAACUUUCAUCGCAGCACUGGGUGCCUGUGCUGACGCCGGCAAGCUUGAAACUGGACAAGCGUUCCACGCCAAGAUCAUCGAUCAAGGACCAAUGCAUCCAGGUCUUGCUGGUGAAUAUGUAUGGGAAAUGCCGUAG